GGUAGCAACAUAGCAAGCACAAGAGCGCAAUUUGACAUCCCCCGGUGUGGUCUGUAGCCUAAUUUGACCGUUACCGUUUACCAUAGCCUGUAUCAAAAGAAAAAGACAAUUCGACGAAUUCUGGGUGGAGAUUUUAAUCGUAGCCUACUGAACACUUGUCAUAUUUUCUCUUUUUUACUACACGUUGCAUUUACAGUAAUAUUUGGAAUUGUGAUCAAGAAAAGCAAAAUGUUAAGGAUAAUGUUUCAUGUCACUCAAUAAGAUCAGUUGAAGAAAAUCAAAAGUCCAAUCAAGACCAAUCAUCAAAAAGGCCCAAACUACCAGUGAAACAACACUGUCCGCAUUCCGCCAUGUCUUCCAACACCAGUGCUGCCCCCAGUGGAGCGGAGGGAGAACAGCAGCCGGAGCAGACCAUCACCUCCCAGCCAACCAGCGCUGAGCACCAAGAGACAGCCCCUGACUCCAGCCAAUCGGAAUCCAAAGACCACUUGGCAGUAAUCAGCGAGAAGAUGGAGACCAGUAAUGGAAUGUGUGCUGCCCACUCCUCGCCCACAUCUUCCAUCUCGUCCCCAAAGCGACUGCAACACGCCAAACCAACCAACGGUCGGGCGCGGAAAGGAAGCCGCUCUGGGUCCCUGCUGGGUCAUGGGGCAGGGUCUCCCAGGCCUUCCAUCAGCCGUCAGCCCAGCACCGUGACAGAGGAGGACGACGGCAAGCCCCCUAGAGACUACCUAAUAUUGGCCAUCCUGUCCUGCUUCUGCCCCUUGUGGCCGAUCAACAUUGUGGCUCUCGUCUUCUCUGUUAUGUCGAGGAACAGCCUGCAGCUGGGGAACGUAGACGGGGCGCGGCGUCUGGGCCGGAACGCAAUGGUGCUGUCCAUCGUUUCACUAGUUGGCGGGGUCAUCAUCAUCAUCGCAGCCAUCGUCUUAAACUGGGGAAGUAUAAUAAAAUCCUGAGGGUCACCAUGGAAACCAGGAGCAAGAUCGCAAGACAGCACACCAACAACCAUCCCAACCAGACUUUUCCCCUCUCCUACGAUCAAAACACUAUUCUACAAAAGCACCUGCAACCUACAGCAUACCCCUUGGACCCCUUUUUUGCUGCACUAUCAUGUAUGGCCUGUAAUAUGUUCUCUGAAACAGAUAGACAAGUCCGUCACCUCUACCUCCUACACCUCCUACACCUGCCACCAGUGGUGUAGUGCAGGGCAAACGUACGUAAACGUCGUUUACACACAUUUUGCUCCUGUGUUUAUCCACCUUUUGCAGACAAAUGCAUUGAAAGUAUAGGGGGCGUUACUUUAUUGACUGUCAACGGUGAUCAGGAGUUACAGUACCCAUCUAUUUUUUGACCACUCGUCACUGGCUGCCACCAUCACUCAGAAGGUCGAAGGCUUCAGGUAGAACAACACUGAGGUAGGAUAGACAGCGACAAACAGACUGGUUCCUCUGAAUGAGAGAGAUGCGUCUAACGAGUCUAACUCUGUUCAACGAUGCCAUGAUCUCCUGGUUGCCUGAGUCUCAGAAUGUAUUUAAAGUCUCUGCAUGAUUUUCCGGGAUCAGGCGGAUCCUCCCAGGCGGUUCCUCCCAGGCGGUUCCUCCCAGGCUGUUCCUCCCAGGCUGUUCCUCCCAGGCUGCUCCUCCCAGGCUGCUCCUCCCAAGCUGUUCCUCCCAGGCUGUUCCUCCCAGGCUGUUCCUCCCAGGCGGUUCCUCCCAAGCUGUUCCUCCCAGGCUGUUCCUCCCAGGCUGCUCCUCCCAGGCUGUUCCUCCCAGGCUGUUCCUCCCAGGCUGUUCCUCCCAGGCUGCUCCUCCCAGGCUGUUCCUCCCAGGCUGCUCCUCCCAGGCUGUUCCUCCCAGGCUGUUCCUCCCAGGCUGUUCCUCCCAGGCUGUUCCUCCCAGGCUGCUCCUCCCAGGCUGUUCCUCCCAGGCUGUUCCUCCCAGGCUGUUCCUCCCAGGCUGUUCCUCCCAGGCUGCUCCUCCCAGGCUGUUCCUCCCAGGCUGUUCCUCCCAGGCUGCUCCUCCCAGGCUGUUCCUCCCAGGCUGCUCCUCCCAGGCUGUUCCAAUGUGACAAAACACAAAGUGUCUCUAUUGUUGCCGGAAAGGACAUCUGUUUUUCUCUGUAAUGUUAUUAUUUCCUUCCACUGAAUCAUUCAUCUCCAGUCAGUCCACACCUCUGUAACACAACCAAGGGAUCCUUUUAACUGUGACGCCAAAACCAGCCCACCCUAUAGGAUCAUGUUAAAGAUGGCAAAGGAAGAGUUAGGGAGGGAGAGGGAUUGGAAUUGAUCUUUGAUCAAUGUGAUGAUGUUGAUGGGGGGGGGUUAUUUUUAGUUCUGAAUUUGUUCCAGAUUGUUAUUUUCUGUGAAGGGAGGGAGGAGGAGGAGUUAGAGACAGAUGGGACCAUCUGUACUUUAAUUUAGGGACAAACCUGGGGUCUCCAUCUCUUUGCUUCAUCGUUUUCGUUUAAAAAUAACUGGAAUCUGGGGAGAAUGAGCCACUCUGGGUUUGGGAUUGAGGCUGGGCUGGUAACUCAUAUGCGCUCUCAAACACACUAUCUUACACCCCCCCCUCCCCACACGAGCACAUGCACACACACGGACACACACACCAUCAUCCAUACACAUAGUGUCAGAAUGACUGAUUCUCAUUGGCUGAGAGAAAGAGGGAGAUAAAGAACAGGAGAGAAGAAGAGGGAGAGAGGGAGGGGAGGAUUGGGGAUAGCUGCAUGGGCUGCAGUCCUUUGUUUGGCACAGAUGGCGGCAAAGAGAGAGAGUGUGUGUGUGUGUGUGAGAGAGAGAGAGAGAUGGUGUGGUGCUUGUUACUGAUGCUGGAUAAAAAGUCUGAAGAUACUAGACUGGAAAAACGAACAGAGCAGAGCUGGUUACAGAAUAAACACAAAAGACAGGCGGUAAUUUGAAUUUUGUUGCUUACUCUUCAUUUCCCCCUCUUCUGUCCAGUAUCUACCACCAUAUUAUCUACCAUUUAUUGGUAACGUUAUUUAUUAAUUUUACCUUUAUUUUAACAGGGUGUCCUAUUGAGACCACGGUCUCUUUUGCAAGGGAGCCAUGUAUCUCACAAUUACACAACAACAAUGUUAUGACAGCCUGCUUGACAGUAUUUACACAGUUCUAAACAUAGUCUACCAUCUCUGGUCAGUUGGAAUCCAUUCCUCUCCCUUCAGUAUUGCAAAUAUAUUGCCCACUUUACCUUUCACCUCUCUAAUAUGUAGUCAUUAUCUUUGAUGGUUGCCUCUUUUGUUAAAAUUCUAUGCAAAUACCUUGCUGGGGUAUUUGGUCAGUUGGUACUCCUUCUCCACCGUGGUCAGUAUCAGCUCCUAUGUGCUUAGUGUUUGCCCUUGUCUGGUUGUUAUUCACAAAGCAGAAUGACCUCUUCUCCCUUUGGAAGUCAGUCAGUGUGUCACUGUGCCAAAGCCUGGAAUGUGAGCCAAGCCACGUACAGUAGGGGCCAGGCAGUCUUUGGCUUGACUCCGGCUAAGUGCUCUGUCGGUGUGUGUGAGAGAGAGAGAGAGAGAGAGCGAAAGAGUGUGAGAGAGAAAUGCAGUGUGUGUGUGUGUGUGUGUGUGUGUGUGUGUGUGUGUGUGUGUGUGUGUGUGUGUGUGUGUGUGUGUGUGUGUGUGUGUGUGUGUGUGUG